AUGGUAGGAACGAUAACUGGAGGCACCAAUGCUUCUUGCAGCUUUGAUUUCGGCGAAGAUGUCCUUAACGAAGGCGUCAACGUGUUUCAGGCAACGUAUGCCUACCGUCAGACAGGAAACUACGCAAUCGGCCUAACAUGCGAAAACAGAGUAAGCCGUAGAAUCGAAACGUUUUCAACAAGAAUUGUCAUCCAGAAGGAUGAACCGAUCACCGGUCUUCAGAUUAAAGUGAAUGUCACAGCCAGAGGGGAAUCUUCUGCUUUCGCACUCGUAAAGGAAACCGGAACAGCGUUUCUAUGUGACUGGGGAUUUGGAGAUGGCUUCUCUGUUCUAACGGAUUUCUCGCAAAUUGAUACUCCUGUUUUGCACAACUAUACAGAGGAGGGAUAUUUCAACGUCAGUACUAAUUGCUCAAACAGGCAUGGUGCUGUUGUGGCCAAAGGCGUUGCCUGGGUUCAGAUUCCAAUUGUCAACCUAACUUGUGACUCGAUGCUUACCUACGUUAAUACAUCGGCGGAAGCUUCUUUUAAUGUCUCCGUUAAGUCCGGCUCUCAUGUGACAGUUACCACGAGGUUUGAAAGUAACCAUACAAAAAGCUUUUCUCUGGGACGGAGUAUUAAUGGGUGGAAAUACUUUCUGCUGAAUCAUUCUUUCGCUUCGAAUGGUUCUUAUGAAGUGGCAGUGAUAGCUUUCAAUCGUCUUGGUUCACUUAAUUGUCAAUGCGAGCCAGUGGUUAUAGUGCAGCACCCGCUUAAUGAUCAUGAUAUAACUCUUACGUUGGAAGAAAGGACAAUAAAAAAUUCGAGUAACGCUACAUUUAUUCUCAAAACCUUUACUCUUAAGGGGUAUUAUCCAACCGAUGCUUUCUGUCUUUGGUCUUUUGGCGAUAAAUCGCCUGUCGAAAAGCGAAGAUUAGUAUUCAAUAGUCAUGGAAAAUAUAUCAUACUUCAUCGCUAUUCUUUUACAGGGAACUCUUCUACAGGGAACUUCACGUUCACGACCAAUGUUUCUUGUUCAAAUGAAGUAAGUAGAACUGAGUUCCACACGGCCGUCACUGUUUUGGCACCUGUCCGCCCUGAAAUAAAGGUUGCUCUCCAGAGUGAGUACUCUGCAAAGUUUACAAAUAUCGCAUCUAGGAAAUAUUUUGCCCUUGGAGAUACAGCAACAAUGCUGGUUACUUCCCAAAAUUUUGAUAAGGCCUACCGUUGGAAACUGUAUGGAGAUGUAGUCCUAGGAAUUACAAAAGAACCAUGGAUCAAUGUCACUUUAAGCCAAACUGGGACCUUAACUGCAAGCGUUGAGGUGGAUAAAGUCGUGGAAAAUACGUCAGCGUCGGUCCAGUUUAAUGUGCAGGAGAAAAUUUCCGGCGUGUCUUUUACAUCAAGUGGUUUUACGUGGCUGAGAAACUCGACCCAUUUUGAGAUAACAAUCCCCAAGUUCCAGCAUGGUAGCUGUUUCAUCGUGGCAUUCAAUGAUUCUAUCACUUCUUGGAUUAAUAAAACGAAUUGCGCCACAAGUGACAACGAAAUGAACUUUACCUAUUCCUUCAACCACACCUUUCCUUUUGAGGGUAACUAUACAGUUUCUCUUACUGUGUUUAACAGGGUAUCUGAGGUGAAAAAGAAUGUGUCAGUUCUGGUCGCCAAGCCCGUUUGUAAGGUUAAAAAUGUUUCAAUAUGGGACUCGGACAGAAAAAUGAGAAUAACUGGAGGUGUUGAAAAUAUCUUGCAGCCGAUAAAAUACAAUAGAUCAGAUACAAUUCGUCUCGAAGGACAGUACAUAAAUCAAUGUUUAUUGUCUGACUCCGGAGAUGUCAAAUUCUUUUGGCAAAUUAUAAGAAUUGAACCUGAAAAUCUUGAACAAGGAAGACAUUGUUUUAAUGAAACCACAGGGGUAAAGGAGAAGAAUUAUUAUAGUAGUAACAUAACAGUUCCCCGCAACCUUUUAAUUUACGGCAAUUAUUCCUUCAACCUAACUGUCGAGCUGACAGGCAGUGAUGUCUUGAAUCUCUAUGGACAAGUGCAAGAAGAAACCAAAGCAAUAGUCGAAAUUGUACCCACUCCUCUGGGUGGUGAAAUACGUGGGAAUAGCUGUCGCGAAGCGGAUACUGAAGAACCGUUGAGUUUAACUGCAGACUUUAACGAUCGAGAUGCUGCUACACAAUUUGACGAUCGAGAUGUUGCCUUAGACGGUAAAAAAGGCUUAAAAUUCGAUUGGUAUUGCCGGACGAAAAAUCAAUUCAAUGGCAUCCAUUGUCGCGGCCAAGAGAUGAGUUACGAUGGCCAAUUUGUCCAUUGCGCCGAUCAAAAGUUGAUUCAUAAUAUUUCUGCGAUAGAGAGCAAUCUAAAUUAUUCAAACUUUACGCCUGGCCUCGAGAGUUAUAUUGCAAACAAGACUUACAUAUUUACGGUUAAAGUGACCAAGGAAUGUGAUGGGCGCACUGCUUGGGGUGAGGUUUCUGUUUUUAUCCUACCACCAGGUCCGCCAAGAAUGACCAUAAGGUACGCAAGUGGUGUUUCUGUUCUAAUUUGGUCUAUCUGUUAAAUAUCAGGUUGAUUCAAGUAUUAUGGCACGCCAGGGCCCAGUUCUUUGAAGUUCGGUUAUUAAAAAUUAAAGCAUAAUCAUAAUCAUAAUCAUAAUCAUAUAGGUUGAGUUAAGAGACUGUUUAUAAAUUCAGGGCUUUCGUGAUUGAUAUAGGUUGUCUCUGGUUUCCAGACAAAGGUAUAGUAGUCUACCUCGUCGCAGCCGUUGUUAGUGUCGUCACGCAACGCAUCUCUCCGUUGCGUGACGACACUAAAAAAACGGCUGCGAGGGAGACUAAGACAAAGGCUGACCGCAAUGUUGUGUCUGCUCAAUUGUCGUCAAUACUAGACGAGAGAAUUUCCCUUAAGAUCAGUUUAGGUUCAUCUUGAUCAAAGUAAACUAUCAGUCGACGAACUCGGGCGAGAACGCCAUAAAAUUUGUUCACAACACCAACUAUCCGAAAUGACUAUAAUUUAAUUAUUCACCGACCUCUAAUGACCACCCUGGAUUUUCUUAACAAAGUAACUAACCAAGAUCAGCCACUCUUUUUCUGGCGCUUGGUCUGUACGUCCCCUUUUGGACCUGCCACCUUGAAUGUUGAGGUCUUCAAAACCUGCGGAGAUAUUAGAGACCUUUGGACUCAAGGAGGAGGACGAGCACGCGGCCAACAAUUAACUUAAAGUUUUUUUCGCGUUUUCUCAGAAAUGUACACCUCGAAAGCGGCGUUGUGCUCUUUUUCACCAGAGGCGUUAGCACGGUUAUUUUUAUUGAAGGAGGUUAUAAGCCCGCUCCCGAACGCAAAAUGAUAAAACUUCUAACAUUCGAUAUUAAACUUGUUUCCGUCAUUAAACUCCUAGUAGAGUGACGAUGGCUAUCACGUUUUCCCGCCAAAUUUUGACGUUGCUUCACGCGCUUGCACUUCUUGAUGUCAAGAAAAUCUUAUUCUCGUAGUCGCUCUUCUCUUUGAAUCUAAAGGUCUCUAUCAAGGCAAGCGCGAAGUUCGAAAAAACACAAGCGGGUUGCAACUUGUUUCCCGACCAGUUUUCCGGCCCUAUAAAUGAACAUAACAGCCUGUAGCGACCUAGCCCAGAAAUAGUGGAACUAUUUACGUGUCUAGUAUAAAUUGAAUAGUUCUUUUAUAAUGUUAUGAGUUUAUUUAUAGGUGAAUCUAAGUAAGAGAGCAAGUGUUUAGUUGCAUACCUGUUCCACUCUCUUAGUGCUAGGUUUACCAGCCUUAAAACCGACACUUUCAGAGUCUACAGUUAUAGAUGAGUAUAUUUUUCCGAAGACAGCGAGUUUUUUAUUUUUUGUAAAAUAAUUAGUAGUGAGUAGUUUUUCAACGUCACUCAGUAGAGUAUAAAUAACGCUCAAAACGAAUACAAAUAUCCUACGGUUGUUCUCCAGAAGACCGGUCUGACCGGCUCUCCACAAACGUAGUACAUGGCAGAAAAUUCAUCGUUUUUCGACGAAAAUAAAUUGUAAAUCGUAAUCUUAAGAAAGCGAGUUUUUUCAGUAGAGUCGCCUGAGCAACAGUGAAAUGUCAACAUUGAUUAAUGCAGUCAACAUAAACUGACUUUAUUAGCUACGAAUACAACAAGAAAGAUGAAAACAGACCUAAAUGUGUGCAACAGAGUGAGAUGGUGAUGGCAACAAUAAUAUUAUGUGGAAACAACGUCCAUUUCUCUUCGAUCUCUUGUAUUUUGGGCUCGCCAAAAUGAAGCGGGACUCGCAAGAAUAUCCCACUAAACUACACACUCUACCGUCCAACAAGAUAUAUUUAUUUUUAAACGACUAAUCUGCGCUUUUCUUUUUUUCUUUUUGCUUCAUCAGGUGCCUAGAUCGCAAUUGUUCAAGUAGGCUGAAUCCGUCAAUAGAUCUUAGACUUGAGGCCGAAUGCGAGGGACAGUGUUUGUUUUUCACGCUAUUUUUUCGCUGGAAAAUACAAAGACUGAAUGGAAGUGAAUGGUCCCUACCUCCUGAGCUAAUAAGGGAGAAUACAAAUCGUGACUUCGUUAUUAAGUCUCAAAUCUUCCAGGAACACUUAAAACCUGGAGGCCAGUGCAUUGUGAAACUGGAAACGUGGAGAGAAGGAGGAAGGACAGGUUACGUCACCAAGAUUUUAAGGGUCAAUGAACCUCCCAAGUCUGGCAAUUGUUCGUGCUAUCCGCCGACAGGAAAUAUCUCUCACACAGAGUUCCAGAUUUCCUGUGAUGGUUGGGUCGACUCUGAAAAGCCACUACUAUAUAGCUUCAGUUAUCGUAGAAAUGACAAUGGGACGCAGCCACUCCUUACGUCGCCAGAGAACCCUAGCUCUUCGAGGAAAUUUAGAAUUUACGAACAAGUGUCUCAGGAUGUUCUUUCAGUGGAUAUAUCGAUUAGUGUAUCGGUAGAGGACGCCCUUGGUAUGAGAUCAUGGUAUGAAGUCAAACUGCAGGUACAACCAACGUCUCGCUCUACUCUGAAAUUUAAUUUGUUAGAUAAAAGAUAGCCUGCGCAACAGCCGUCGGGACUAAACUUCUGGUUUAAAGGUGAUUAUGCUACACGAGACGAUUUUCAACGACGAUUUUUAGCGCAACACAGCGUUGCAACAUUGUUGCCACAUUGUUUCGAAUGGUUACAACAUUGUUCCAACAUUGCAAGGCUGUGUUGCGCUAAAAAUCGUCGUUGCGUAUCGUCCGGUGUAACAUCACCGUAAGUCCGUCUAGCGCCGAAAUCCUUGCUCUGGGCCCCCACCUGAGUUCCAGGACUUGGGUACGAUGCACGACAUGAUUGGCCUGUUAAAAAAGCUACAGUAAAUCCUCCAUUAAGCUUCCCGGCGUAUUUAUUUCAAGCCCAUUUGAAGGGGGGGUCCCCCCCCCCUCCCCGAAUUAUCUCUGCCCAGAGAAUAAAUUAAAUCUUUCCUGCUUCCAUAGUAAGAGGUAUUUCUUCAUCUUAUGCCUCACCUUUUUGAGUUCAUGUUCUUCAAAGUCCAGUACUUCGGGAGGAUCAGUAUCACAUCCGAACUUUCAGUUGGUAAAUAAACCAUCCCGGAUCAGUCCACACGAAGUUUUACGGCCGUGAUCGAUUAACACAGUCUAUCAUUUACUAGUGAAAAUCUAUUAUUUAUUAGUGAAGAAUAAUUAGGAGAGGGGAGGGGGGGGGGAGGCUUAAUAGAGGAGGGGGCCUAUUAACUUUCUUCCCCUUAAAAGGGGGCCUUACUAGAGGAAGGGGGCUUAUUUGAGUGGGGGAGGGGGGAGGGGGGCUUAAUAGAGGAUUUACGGUAUUGUUAAUUUACCAGAUUGGUUGAAGGGAAAUUUGAAAAGCGUUUCCGGUAAUUCGUUGUGUCCGUUGGGGGCCCCCAGAAGGAGGAUAUGGGCGCUGCCUCGCAGACGGACGGAGGCUACAUGAAAAGUGGUUACUGGGAAGUAUAAACAUCACUAGCGAAUUAACGAUUAUCAGUACAAAGUUCGAGCCAGACGAGGGUCCACCUUCAGUAGAAAAUCGUUUACUGUGCGAUAAAAAAGUCUCCUUUUCCACCGAACGCAAGCAAAAGUGGAAAGAAGAGUCACAUUAGUAUCGUUUUUUCGAUGAAACUGCUACUUUCAGACGUCAAAUAUUUAAUGAGUCGAGUCUAAAGUUUAGAUAUAAGUAAGUGAAUCAUUUGGCGAUGGGCAGGGGGAACUGGUCAGUGGCGGAUCCAGAUAAUCAGAUAAGGGGAGGGGGGGGCGGUCAUCCAGACCCUGAGAUAAGGGGGAUGCCCGGUCUAAAAAAAACCUUUUUCGCCUCUUUGGGCCUCAGUUUGGUCUAAAAAAUAAGGGGGGCGGGCCCCUCGAAUCCCUCCCCUAGAUCCGCCACUGCUGGUAGUGGCCUUGGGGUGCGUUAGCACGAAAAAUCGCGCCCGUCAGUUGUCAUAAGGCAGAGAAUGUUCCCCGUGGUCAAAAGAGAAAAAAUUGCAGAAACUAAAGUUAGUACCUUAAAACUCAUUUUUUCACUGUUAAAAGUUAUCAACGAGUUGCUGUUCAUUUACAACGUUUUCUGAACGACUGCUUAAAAAGUUCCAAGAUAUUGAAAACUGAAGAAGUCCGUUGUUUUCUCUUAUUGGUAAAAGGACUCUCAGCAAUAAUCCUUAUAACUAUUGUACUGAGUUUUACGAAUAGUCUUUCACGCACUAGCCUUUGUUUUAGCCUUCAGACAAGUUUCGUUUAUUCAAACUUCUUCAGUUUGGCUAAAACUGUUACAAUACGUUGUUACAUUCGAACAAGCAAACGUGUACGCUCACCCUCAAGCGCGUGCAAGAAGGCGCGCGCAACUGCUUAAAAUUACAACCCAUCAAUUAUUUCACUUUUGCAAUGUUAUAGAGUUCCAUUCCGUGUUGUUAUUUAUAGAUCCUUCUCGUCUGAUUUUGAUGGAUUCAGCAAAUAAACAGACAAACAAAACAUUUGACCGCGGUAGUGAGGGAAGGAGUGUACUGCUUUGGAAAUCAAAGAUGGUGAAAAAAACAUCCCCUAACAUAAUUACUACACCGCAUGCUAGCUACCAUAUAGUGUUGACCAAGAUUCCGAGGCAGGGUUUUGGGUAUGAGACUGACUAUGUAUAUGACAAAAAACAUUCAUUUCCAUUUGUCGUGUCCCUCGUCCAUUCAAUUGUAUACUCUGUUUAAGACUUAGGAACCCCAAACCAUGCCCAUUUCAGCGGCACAUUCCCUGUUUAGGCGAAAAAGGGAGUUGAGCCCUAGGUAAAUCAUGUUGUUCGGUUCAGCGUUUAAACCUGGCUAUACGUUGGUUCUUCUUUCAGGUACAAAAUGUGAAAAGAGCAACUGUAAAUCUUGAUUCUGUCUUCAACGAUUUAGACAACGAAAAUACCACUUCUAACAUCAGUAACCCCGAGGAAGUCCGAGAGGAAAACUUAAAAGUUCUAAGCCUCUUGGACCAGGUUCUGUUUUCCGAUGACGACGAUAAUAUUGGUAACGAGGGUGAAGCUUCUCAAGCAACGACAACCUUACUUCCAACCACUAAAGCACAGCAAAUCACUGGUGGAAACGUUACAGAAGAAAAUAUAACAGCCACGGGAAGUACAGUGGCACCAACCGAACAACAAAUGACAGAAACGCAGCAAAAGAAAGCUAAAGUAAGUCAUCUUCCUCAUAACCUGAGACCGAAGCAGCCAACAUUUCGCGACGCCACGACUGGGUUCUUCGCAUAAAUGACGUCUGGAGAUCGACCGCAGAAAUUCCGUGCUGAUGACGCUCACUACUUAGGUCUGAAGAGUGCUUUUGAUUGUUUGGAAAUUUGCUUCACCCAAUCAGAUGCACUACCCAGAUUUGGGUAGUGACGCGUCAUCAGUAUGGAAUUUCUACGGUUGUUGCUCAGACGUCAUUUCGCGGAGAAACCAGUGGUGGAGACUCGAAAUGCGACUCUUUUCUUAGGCUAUCGUUCUCACAGAUAGCUGCAAAUGUUUCUAGAAUUUCCAAAAAAAAUUUCACAAGUCGGGACCAGACAGGCCGUCAAUGAACGUCUUGGUAGACUUCUGUCUCAUGUGGCUUUCCCUUGUUCUAAUUUUCUGGCGGAAAUCCCUUCCGGUCCUCUUUUCUUGAAGUUGUUUGUUGCAUCUGGUGAUACUAACGCGGUCGUUUUAUAAUAAUUAUAAAAGUAAAUUAUAAUUUUUAUAAAAAUUAUCCCAGAGUCCUUUGAGACAAUUUUUUAAAACCUUAAUACUUUUAUACGUAGAAGAAUGUCAGACCACAACAAGAUAACAUUUGCCACAAAAUAUCUUCCCAUGUCACAUGUAGGGUGAUGACAUCGUCAGUCACGUGACUAUUUCCGAAUUAGGCUUUUUUUGUUGCUGUGACAAGAUUUCAAAAAACAAAUAGCAUAUUUGAGGUUUUGGUUGUGUGGGGCAUUUAAAAAUAACUAGUUGACGUCUGGCAUUUAAAAUUUAAGCGGGUAAUGAACAAGAGCGAAAAAGUCAGGAGACUAGGCCGAGGACUGUAGAGAGUUGACGUUUCAUCACACAGCAGAGAAAUUUUACUCUCUUUUUUACCUGUGUUUCGCAUAUAGCCAGUAACAUAAUGUGGUAAAUUGAAAACAAAGUUUACAGGAAUAUAAAAACUGCGCCGGUAUGCAUCAUAGCGUAUUUACCGGUUUGUUUAGUAAUACUAGACACUGUUGUCAUUACCCAGCUCAAUCGUCGAUUUUCACAUGUGCCCAAUUUAAUUCGAGAGGUAACUGCUUUGAGAUGGGACGUCUGAAUCAACUAAAUUCGACAGUUUCAACUUAAAUACGACUUUGUCGAAUCUGCUACUGAAACAGUCGAAAAUUCGACUUAGGUUCAACAUUUUAUUUAGAAGUCGAAUUUCACAUCUGCUGAAUAUAAUGGACCAAUUAUAGAAACCCUCAUCCAUAUUGGAAAAAACAUUUCCUAGAGACUAGGAAUAUUUACAACAAACGAAGUUAAAUUUGGCACCAUCAUACCCGACGUCUGAAUCAACUGCCGCAUUUAAUUACUUUCAUCGACUAAAAUUGGUGUUCGUUAUUCCUAAGAAAUUCUUCAUUUGAAAGGGGCCCAACAUGACAUAAGUUUCAACUUAAUGGUUUGCAGGCUGUUAUUAACUUGUUGUUUUCUUUCCAGUAAGAGCAAUUCGUAUUUCUCUUUGUAAAUCCAUUUUAUUAAUCGGCUUGUGCCCCGACUUAAGAAUCAGCGGUAAUAGUUGAUUUUAGUUUCUCUUUGAUAUGAUUUGAAUGUCACUGGACAUGAUUUGUAUAUCAAAAAGAGCGAUCAAUUUUCAUCCAUCCAUUUCAUGGAUCACUUCUCACUGACAAUAGCGGACAACCUCGAAGCGUGACUUCGUUGUAUAAAUAUGCGCCACCAAAGAAAGACGAAAAAGCCAACCCUUUUUUAUCAAAUUAUUUUAAGGUUUAAACUCGAAGCUUUAUUGUGUAAAAUCAUUAUAAUUUACUUUUAUCGGUAUCAUUUGUACUACUACUACUACUACUACUACUACCACUACCACUACCACUACCACGACCACGACCACGACCACUACCACUACCACUACCACUACCACUACCACUACCACUACCACUACCACUACCACUACCACUACCACUACCACUACCACUACCACUACUACUACUAAUAUUAUUAUCACUAUUAUUAAUAUUAAUAAAAAGUUCAUUUCGAUAAAAAAUUCAUUUCAAUUAAAAAACUCAUUUCGAUUAAAAAAUGAAAUAAUAAUAAUAAUAAUAAUAAUAAUAAUAAUAAUAAUAAUAAUAAUAAUAAUAAUAAUAAUAAUAAUAAUAAUAAUAAUAACUGUUUAUUCACAAAUUCAUGAAAAAGUGAUAGGGAGAUAUAGGAGUUUAUCCUCUGGGUUUACCGGCGUGAUACCCACGCGGGAUGGUGGGAGAACACGAGAAAAGCUUGGCAUAGAAAGUGUGGUCUAUUGCUUUAAUAAAGAAACUUUAAGUUUUGUAUGAGUUUACCGGCACAAUAAACCAUAGGUUUUUAACUAAUCAGAACGACAGUACCAUCUUAGUUAUUUUAUAAAAUAAAAGAAAUUAAGAACAUUUGAAAUUAUUUACAACUGUUUCAAAUACUAGAUAUAUAAUAUAUUACACGUUUGAGGAACUUGGUGUUCACUAGAAAAAUUUGCACGAUGACAACUCAGUAUGUUCUUAAAAGUGUUCAAAUUUUCCGCCUCAGCAAUUUCCUUUGGCAGAUUAUUCCACUCAUCGAUUAUACGGAUAAAAAAAGAAUAUUUAAGACUUUUUAAAUUUGCGGAUGCAAACUUAAGUUUAAAACGGUGAUUAGCUCUUAAGGGUCCAAUAUCGUGUGCAAACGUGAAAAAUGCUGAGGCAUCUGGUCCAUUAAGUCUGUUUAUUGUCUUAUAACACUCGGUAAGCGACGAAAAUAAUCUUCUUUGUUAAAGUGUUGGCCAUUUCAGGAACUUUAGACGUUCUUCGUAGGACAUGUCUCGCCUGAUAUUUCCAAGGGCAAAUUCAGUUGCUCUACGUUGUACUUUCUCCAAGGUGUUUGAGUCUUUUUUAAGGUGCGGACACCAAACUGGAGAGCAGUACUCGAGUUUUCUGUAUCAUGAAUAAUAAUUCACUUAUUGAAGCCUGUAAAAACCAUCUUUUGAUGGUUCGAUCGCUCAUGCUCAUCUUCAACAGUAAACAAGGGUAAUUAGUGUCACGGCACGAAAAGCUAUCUAGUAUAUUGUGAACAUAGGCCUUGGUAACACCCUAUUGAGUGAAUGAAACCUACGCCUUUGCAAAGGUAGCCAGUUCAGUUUGCCUUGUGGAUAAAACUUAUUAAAAAUCAGUGUUAUUGUUUCCUUUUUCUUAAUAGAUAAUUGAAAAGAUUACAUCAAAGCUCAAAACAAACACAAAAGUUCUCGCGGAAAGUGGAACAACAACCGUUGAUGAGCUGCUGGUCAUAAGCGACGCCUUGGAGAGAGCGACAGAGAACAACGAAGUACUUACACAAAAUGCCCGGGUAAAUACAACCAGCUUUUGACUGAUAGGAAAAGAAUAACUUAUCAAGCAUUUAGUCACUUUCGGAUCUACUAAGGCCUUGGCCAAAGGUCGAACUUUUCAUGAGACGAACCAAGCUUUGUUUUGUCUUUUGGGUCAGACGUCGAGCUUGAAGGACGCGUCAAACCAAUCAACUGAAUCUAACCAAACAGCAAUUUUAAAACAUUUUCUCCCGAACGAGGCUAAGUAUAUAUUAUCAUACAAAGUUUUAAUUUUUUAGCUUAGUCCGUCGCAUGUAAAGAUCGACGUUUGUCCCGGAGACCGGCGAUCUUCAGACGUUCUGUCCGUCUGAAGGAGACGAGUAGAACGUACUGGACGAUCCAAACUUAUUUAGACGAACUUAAGUGAGGCAGACGUCGAACUUUUCGCCAAUUUAACUCACUAAGUUUGGUUAGUCUCGUGAAAAGCUUGACUCUCGGCAUAGAUCGAAGACGUUUGUUCAAUUUCAGGAACAGCGUCAUAAUCAGAGAAAUUAACUGAGUUGCCUUAAUUAAACGCUUUAAAUGGCACUGUAGCGUAUUUGCCAUGAUUCUUCGAAUUAUCCGAUCCUCGGAAUAUUAGCUUCUUAUGUGUAGAACUGUUUGACUCAAUCACUUUGGAAAUGAGUAAGAAUGGACUUGGUAAAUGUCAAAACUGUGGUAUCAACUGGAACGAGAAUACAACCAAAAACUAAUGGACAAAGAAAACGUACUCUUGGCUCUUACCAUAUAUAUUUUCCAUACUCCUAUUCAGGUCGCUCCCGUCUCUCUUGUUCUCAAUUUGCUCUCCUAGAAGGGUCUGCCUACAGGCGACAAAUACUCUUGAAAAAUGUCUUAUCAUACUUUAAAGCAUCUCCACUGUACGGCGCAAACCUAAUCUUUGCCUCGCCUCAAAAUAAUUGUUUCCCAACCAAUAAGCUGAAAAUCCCCUUAAGUUGAUUCUCAACUGAUUAGUGGUAUGCUCUAUGCAACCGCGGCAGGAAUAGCUCAGGCGGUAGAGCGCUUUAAUACAGAGCGGCAGGACGUGGUUUCGAUCCUCAGAGCCGGAACGACACUUAGGGUCUUAAAAUAAUUGAAAAAUAAAGGUACUGCCUUUGCCCUGCUAACGGCUAAAAGUUCGCGUUGGCCGAUUGCCCAAGUAGAAAUGGUGGUCUCUUCGUCCCCAGUCGGAGACGUACGGUACAGUGAAAACACCAACAACGCUCAAAUAAAAUGCUCUUUUUGACGUUCAUUACACAGCACGAAGUGUGUGGCGUCCAUGACAGAUUCGUACCUUAGACAGGAAGCUCUCCUGAGGAGACUAAAGUAGUAAAAAGAGGAUAUUGCGUCAAGUUACUCUUUCUCUUACCUCUCUUUUUAGGACGACACCGUGGACACUAUGUCCAGCAUUGUAGACGCCCUUAAAAAAGACACCGUCCCAGUUUCAAGUCUUGAAAAGAUUUCAUCAGAGAUCCUUGGAAUUGCUGGCAACUUAUUUAAAAGCAUAUCAGAGGGGUCUCCAGUGAGUUUAGAUGACCCAUUUUACCGCUGUGACGACGCGUUCAAAGUAAGUAUAUCUUUUUUUACAGCCUCUCUCCAGGAGACACCCUAAAGCUAGCACUCAACGCGUGACUGACCGCAAAAUAGGUUGAUAACUUUAAAAGUACACUUACCACAAUGAUGACAGCUUCCACAAACUGAACUUUCUGAAAUCGAUGUACUGCAUAUAAUCGCACGUUACUGUCUUAGUUUCACCAAAAUUUGUGUGGGAAAAUGGCCCUUGACCUUAAAUGUAAGCUUCUAUCGCUUCUUUUAAAAUGUUGUUGCAGAUGAAAAUUCUUUUAUUCUACUUUAAAAAAAACUCGGGUAAUCUAUGCAGAAAAAUCUAUGUUUGCUUCUCUACAUUCUCUUUCUGGAGGCGUGUUUGUCUGAGCAGUUGACAAAUGCAGAUCUGGAGGUCCGGAGUUCAAGCCUCGCCUGUUUCCUUGGACAAUGAACUUGACUCUAUUUGUCUCUCAUCACCAAGGUGUAUAAAUGGGUACCGGCGACGCCUAUUUCGCCUUCGUAAACGGUCGUUGCCAUUUUUAACGAUCGAUGCCACCAUUGAUUACCAAACCUUCAGUCAUGAUAGAUGUAAUAUAUUCCCUGGAUUAAGUUACAAUAAGGCAAAUAAUACGCCUUUGAAUAGUGUUAAAAGGAACGACGUUGAAGCCCAAGUUGAAAUAUCGUUAAAAUUUAUGGAUUGAUGUUACAGUAAAGAAAGACAAGACAAUACUUAAAUUUUCUGGAGUUUUGGCGGAUCGGUGUGGUAGUGUAGAGAUAUUAGGAUACGAAUGGUCCGAGUUUGAGGUCCAGGUUUGACCUUGGGUUGCGAUUUUCUUUCUUUUUGAUAAAAACAAUCUCCAUAACAGGUCAAAACCUUUCUGUCUUAAAAAUGGCAGCGACCGUUUACGAAAGGGACAACUGCCCCGGCGACAUACUGUUGGGGGGGAACCCUGUAAUGGACUAGCAUGCCGUCCAGAGGGGAGUAGCAAUACCUCUAGGUGCUUCAUGCUAAUGAAACCGGGAUAAGCUCCGCUCGUGUGCGCCUUUACCUUACCUUUUCAUUCUCUUUCUUUUUUUAAAGGAAAGGGGCAGAGAGGCAUCAAAAGAAAUUCUCGAUGUGGUGAAUAAAAUGUGCUUAGCAGUUUUGAAAGCUAAAAUACCUGGGGAUGCAGACACAGUUAUUAAUACAGCAAAGAUAACAGCCGUUCUCCAGAAAGCCUUGACUAAUUCUCUGAAUGGAUCCAUAGUCCAGAACGAACUGGGAAUGUUCACACUACCAAACCUGGGAUUGUUUCAAAAUAUCAACUUCGAGGACUACGCAGUAAACCUACAGGUUACAUAAAGCCCGAGUGUUUUUUCCUUCCUUGUUUUUGAGCACCGACAAAUUUAGAGCCAGGUUGGGUACGGUAAACUUUUCUCAACAAGGACUCUGCUUGAUAACAAUUUGCGUUUUCAAAAUUUGCAGAAGUUAAGAACAAGAACAGUAAAAGAUAAAAAGGGUAAAAGAAAGAAAGAGAGAGAGAGAAGAUCAAAAGAUACUGAGGCAGACAAAAAAAGCCAGGGAAUUAAAGCAACAAACAAACGUGGGAAAGAUUUACUUACUUGCGUUUCUGUAUAAAAGUGUGGUAAUAUGUACUUAUUGACUGAGUUAGGUCGAGCCGGACGGGAAAAUAUUUUGCUGUCGGUCGAGACUCACGGACCUCGCGUACAGUAAGCAUUUUAUCAUUUGAAAAUGACGGUUGUGUUUUUGGAUUUUUCUGAGGGGGAGAAAUGCGUUCCUGGCAGCAUUUGCCUCGCUUCGAGCGCAUUUUUCUAACGCGUUUUUUCCGGCUCUAUCACUUGACGCGUACGGCCCUCGUACUGGAAUUCUUUUUUGUGGUUUUCCAACGAAAUUGCGCGGGGUGCCGUACGGGUCAUAUAUGAUAAAAUAAGAUAUUUUUGGCGCAUUUAUUUUCGUUUUUUUUUUUGUAGUUUGCCUGUUUUUGUUGUUGUUGUUGUUGUUGUUGUAGUCCAGUCACGUUCCGUUUUACUCUUUGACCCAUUGUAAGAUUGCUUCAUUUACUAACACUUAUUGUUUUGUUGAUCUACUUCUUUUACCAAUUUUCAGAUGCUGUCAUUUUCAGAAAAUCCAUAUAGCGACUGUGGAGGAGAGGAAAACAUCACCACCUCAGUGGUUGCAUUAGAGGUGCUUCAAACGGAUGGCAGCAUGGUUUCUGUUGAGGGACUAGAAAGAGAUCUGAUAGACAUCAGAAUUCGUCAAGUGGACAAGUCAUUAAAAGCAGAGAGGGAAAACUUUGUUCUGCAAAUCAAUGACACUUCAGCUCAGUUCCACACGUUCAAUUACAGCCUAGAUAACGCCGGGGUGAGCCUCGAGUUUGUUUCGGAAGAUGAAAACGUACUGGAGUGGAACAUAAUGGUCGCCCUAAGAAGACGGCCGUCAUCGAGCGAUAAUUUAGCGUCGUGGUCGGUAGAUGGGAUGGAGCAAAAACUGUUUAUACUGGACCAUAGUUUGAUAAGUGGGGAAGGAACAUAUUAUAUUCAAGUUCAGGGAAAAACAGGCACAUUUUCUGAUUAUAAUGCCUCGUACAGCCUGACGAUAUCUACUUUAAAAUGCUUCUUCUGGAACGAGACAACAAAAAGUUGGAGCACGGAGGGAUGUAAGGUAAGUCUUUGAGCACUAAAAUCCGGUUGAAAAGUCACUACUUGGCGAUUCACUUCGGCCUUGGAGCGAUUUUUUAAGCGACGAUUAAACCCAACGACUAAAUUAGCUGGAAAUAAACUAUCCGAUGAAAGCUUGAAGAAGAGUUGAGUAAGUUAUGUUCAUUGAGAUAUUUAGUGCAACAGUUCCAGGGAGAUUCUUUCUCUAAAUCAAAUGUUGCUCCAGUUUUAAGACAUACGGCAGUCUAUUCGAGUGUUUCUUGGUGUUGCGGAAAACAUUGUUAGUUCGCUUUUGUGUUGUAGUGUGGGUAUUGUUCAGUUUCUUUUCAAUCUUCAUUUGGUGAUAUACGUUUCUAGGAAACUUCCCACCUACCCCUUCCCUAAGCCAGCAUUAACAUUUACUUCUGACUUAAGGCAAAAUGUUGGCUUAGUGGAGGGGUAGGUGGGCAGUUUCCAAGAAAUGUAUAAAAAUCCGAAACUACCGCCUAUUGUAAACCUUACCAAACUGAGCAGACACGACGCGGCGUGGCCUUAUAAAAUACACUAUUCUUGACGUUGACUGCCGUUCAACUUUCUCGAGUCCUAAGGCUGGUGCUGUACGUUGUUUGUUUGUUUUGUUUUGUUUUUUCUUGUUUGAAUUUCACUUUCUUUUUUGUACUAAUGUUUUAUACAUCACUCUUUUAAACAACUUAAAUAUUAAACAGCUUAAAUCUUUUCUUUAAGGUUGGGACGGAAACUACGACAGUUGAGAUACAAUGCCUCUGUAACCAUUUAACUUCAUUUGCUGCACAAGUUUUCGUAGCGCCAAAUGUUAUAGAUUUCGAAAAGGCCUUGGAAGGGUUCGCCGAGCUCUUAACUAGUUCGUCAAAUCCUGUCGUCCUUUCAGCAGUGAUUGUAAUUUUUGUGAUCUAUGUUUUGCUGCUUGUCUGGGCAAGAAGGCGUGAUGUUCGAAAUGCCAAAAAGGUAUGCUACAGUUUUAUGUUAAUUAAGUCUGCAUAUAGUCAUAUAGGAAAUCUUAUGGUUGGAUUAAGCGGUCUAUGCUAUCAGCUUUGUCUGACCAGCAUGCGUGAUUAUGCAAAUUAGCGAUUAAUGAUUGAUUAAUAAUCAGAUUCACGAUUACUAAAACAUUUGUAACUGACCUUUCUAAGAGCUUAAGUGUCCAAGUAGUGGAAUAGACAGUUGUAUCUUUUGCUAUAGUAUCAGAGAGAAAAACAGAACAAUAUCGCUAAAUAUCCUUUUCAAAAUUCAAAGGGGAAAAGAAAUGGAGUGUAAAAGGAGCAAAAACCCCUUUUUUAACCUCUCCUCUUGCUACAUUAAAGGUUGCAAACUAAACACAAUUUAUGUCUUUUAGGACGAAACAAAACCACUAGAAGAUAAUGAACCAUCGCAUCGCUACAGGUAUGAACUGUUAGUGCUUACAGGGAUGAGGAAAGGCGCGGGAACAACCGCCGAUGUUUCCUGCGUUUUAGCUGGUAUGGAUGGUGAUACUGGUCCCCGCCUGCUCAGAGAUCCAGAAAUCCAGCGAUUUGAAAGGUCGGGAAUGGAUUCAUUUCUCCUGACCACUCCUUGCUAUUUGGGAGAGCUCACCUUGCUAAAGAUUUGGCAUAACAACUCAGGAUCUAGUCCCUCGUGGUAUCUAAAGCAGGUAAUAGUGCGUGAUGUCACUAAAGAGAGCGUGUACGUCUUUAUGUGCAAUCGGUGGCUUGCAGUAGAGUUUGAUGACGGAGAAGUUAUGCGGAAAUUGCAUUCCGCUCGGAAGGACGACCUAGUAUCGUUUAGCCAUUUGUUCUACAACGUCAGUCAAAGAAACAUCACGGAUAAUCAUCUGUGGUUUUCGGUUUUUGCAAAACCACGUGUGAGCAGUUUUACCACGGUUCAGCGCCUUUCAUGUUGCUUAGCUCUUCUUUUAUGCACCAUGUUAACAAAUGCAAUGUUCUAUGGACUAGAUGAUCAAGAAGUUGAUCCAACCGCGACUAUUAACUUGGGGCCCAUUAGCGUUUCCGCAAGAGAGGUGUACAUUGGAGUGAUAAGCAGUCUUAUCAUUUUUCCUAUCAAUCUUGCUAUCGCCGCAGUGUUUAGAAACGUUAGCCCUAAAUCAGGGAACCUUAAAACGGGGGUGAAAAAUCGUAGAAAAGAGAAGCGGGCCAAAGCGUAUAAAGGCGAUUUUGAAGACAUCAUACAAUGGUAUCGUAACCAAGACAAAGAGGACGAUGAAUUGCACCCGGAAAAUACUGAUUCGAUGCCCACUGCUUUACCACCCGUUGAAACAGUUGACAAGGACAAAAAGACUGCAGCCUGGUUGAACGCAGGCAUGGACAGUUGCGGUAGUCAAAAGUGUUUAGCAGAGUUAGACCACAACGACUGGCAGGAAGAUGUGGAUAGGUUUGAAGUAUUUGAAGAAGCCAGCGUGAAGGUGCAAGUCAACGAAAAGUUUGGAUCGGCAGCAGCCAGAGAAACGCACGAUAGAAAACUUCCACAUUGGUUUGUUUAUAUUGGUUGGCUUGGAGUUAUAGUUGUAACAAUUACUUCAGCUUUCUUCGUUAUUUUGUACGGUUUCCAGUUUGGCAAAGAAAAAGCCACUCAGUGGCUUAUAUCGUUAUGCAUUUCUUUAGUUCAAGAUGUGUUCGUCAGUCAGCCCAUCAAGGUGCUCUUCAUUGCCAUAUUCAUCGCCCUUGUCAUAAAGAAACCACAAGAGCAGAUGGAAACAAAAAGCGCGCAGAUCGAAAACGCGGACGAAGAGGAAGAAUUAUAUGGUGCUGACUUUGAUAAUAGAAAUGGAUAUCCGGAAUUCGAAAAGAUCAUCCCGCAGCAAUAUGUCGACUAUAGAUCAACCAAAUUAACACCACCCGAUCUUACUGAGCUUAGCAGAGCCAGAGAAAAGAGAAAACGGGAAAUGCGAAUAUCGCAAAUAGUUAAGGAGGUCAUUCUCUAUGUGCUGUUUUUAAUUGCAUUGUUUGUUGUAAGCUUUGGACAGCGCGAUCCCAAGGCUUAUCUUGUGGCCAAACUUAUUGAAGAUACCUAUCUGGGAGGUGCUUACAGCAGCAAGGGAUUGAAUGAGGUACGUUUCAUGAUUUUUUUUCCUACGUAGUGUUCACUGCUCCAUUUUUACGGUUCUUUGAUUUUCUGAGGAUCAAUAAUAUUUGCGUGGGUGCGUGGCAGGUUUACGAAUUUGGAUACCCACAAAUUCGCUUUCAGCAUUAUUUUUCCCCAUUCACUCUUACGUAAUUUUAUUUUUAAAUGAAAAUGAAACGAGAAACUGAGUGAGAAACGCUUAGGAUUGUGGCCCAUGCAUCAAAAUGCAGUUUCUAUGAUGAGGAGCAUUUAGCACGUUAAAGACGUUUUCAAUGCAGCUUCAGCAAUUUUAUUCCACCCAUCCUGAUUAAAGGCCCCCUUUUCUGCAGCAAUUAAUACUGCAGAGUUCAAACUCUAUCAAUUCGAUUGUUUCUCGUACGUUUGUAAUCUCUUAGUAAAUUGGACUGCUGCAAGGUCGUCAGUUGAAAUUUCAAUUGAAAGUUUUGCUUCACUCUCCAAACUCCCACUCUCUGUGCAGAAUUUUUAGAGGCCAGGAUAGAAAAAAUACUCAAAUUAAAAUAUAUAUAUUUUUUCAAUGAACUACAAACAAGGUAACAGGCUUUCUUUCCGAUUUUUUAUACGACUAUGCAGAAAACGCUUCCACUGUUGAGACUAUAACGUAGAGGACUUAGUCCUAGGAUUUUGCUCAGGUAAAGAUGAUGGUUGAGUGUGAUGAAGGAGGUGAUCUUGUGUGAUUUAGUAGGAACCGUACGAUCCGACUACGGCAACGUCCAGGGAAACGUCGCUGAAAAAUAGACUUUGCAUCCUAUAUAACUUUUCCGCGAUUAUCUCAAUAAGCCCUAUUACUUUAAAGAAGGGAAUUCUGGUUGAACCUGAAGAGAGGGAGACGCAGCCAGGUUCAGAUACAGAUGUUAGAAUUUAACGCCUUACCGUUCCCGUUCUCAAGUAAACUUAAAAUUUGGACAUUUCACGUCGUAGUUGUACAGGGAUAGCAAAGAAAUGUACCAAAAAGCGUGAUUUAAGUGCAGGGUUGCGGUUUUGCUCAUUAAACCUACCGCCUUUUUGACGUUCUCCUUGCCGUCGCCAUCGUAGUUUCGUAAGGUCCCUAGUAAACAAAGACGGUGACGAAGGGUUUACAAGAGCACUUAAAGCUAACAAGAUGUUUUGUCCAUUAGAUUGAUGGCUUUGAAAACUACUGGAAGUGGAUCGAAGGCACCGUUUUGCCAAGUUUGUCAUCAUCAAGUCGAGAGUGGGCUAAGGGAUGUCACCCAUUGGAAAAUUAUACAGCUGAUUGCAAUUCACGUCUUGUUGGUGGAGCACGAGUUCGACAGCUGAGAGUUUCUCAAGGUUUGUCACUCCAUAAGGCGUUCUCAUUCUUUCUCCCUUCUUCGCAAGUAACUAGAAUAAUGAAGUUAAACACCUUUUAAAGACAUUUUUUUAUGCAAUAAAUGUCCAAUCCAGUUCACGGAAACAUUUUCAGAUCUUGAAUAUAACAUUCCAACACAAAAUCAUCGGUUUCGCUUCAAAUAUAUGUGGACGUUGUACAACAGUGCACUGCGAUGUUUUUUUAUUAUCUAUACUGAUCCCAGAAGAAAUGUCACCACGAUCUUAAGUGGGCACCGUUACGUUUCGGCUGAUGACGUUCUCUAAAUCAUAGUUACUGCGCUGAGAAAGAGUGAUCAUGACCGUUCCAUUUCUUUUGUCAUAAUUGCUGUCUUUAAAUCGACAGAAGGCUGUCAAGUAACAGGCCCAAUGGAGGAGACGAUUUCAGGAUGCAACGGUUACUACUCCUUAUUCAAGGAAGACAAAGGGAGUUACAACACAGGCUGGAAGAGUACUAACAAGGCUUUUAACAGCACGAUUUCCCCUUGGUCAUAUCAGUCAAUGAAUGCGCUAGAUUCUUUACCAUUCUUAGGAAUUAUGGGUACUUACGGCGGAGGAGGCUUUUCAUUUGACUUGUCAUAUUCAAAUGAAACGGAAAUCUCUCUGAACGUUUUGAAACAGAACUACUGGAUAGAUUCUAGAACACGCGCUAUUUUUUUAGAAAUCGCUAUUUACAGUGCCCAAGUUAACCUGUUUGGAGUGGCCACUUUCUUAACGGAAUGGAUGCCAACCAAUGGAAUAAUAUAUUUCAACAACAUCAGGGUGGCGAGGUUAUACCGCAAUGCGGGCGAUUUGCACCUCGCAAUAUUUGUCUGUGAGAUAUUUCUUGUUAUUUUUCUUGCGAUUUUCAUUUACACGGAAAUAAAACAAGCUUACAGACUUCGAAAACAGUAUUUCAAAGAUCCUUGGAAUUGGCUGGAAGUCUCUCAGAUUGUCCUAAUUGUAACUGGAGCCGUCGCUUUACUGCAGAGAACGUAUUUUACACAAAAAGCAAUCAGUCAAAUGAAAUAUAAUCCAGGGCAGUUCAUAAGCUUUAUUCAAGCGACUUCUUGGGAUGAAACCUUUGUGUAUUUACUGGCGUUCCUUGUCUUCCUUGCUAACUUAAAACUACUCAAAAUGAUGCGCUUUAACCACAGAAUCUACUUGUUUACAAAGACUCUCUCGAAGGCGGCGUUACCUUUGUUCUCUUUCCUUGUAGUGUUUUUAGUCUUUUACAUUGCUUUCAGCUUUUUGUUUUAUUUCAUCUAUGGAAGCGUGCUACCUGAGUACAGGUCCUUUUUAACUACAAUUGAGACGUUGUUCAGUGCUGUGAUGGGAGGUUUUAAUUUUGAAACAGUCCAGGCGAACAAUCGUCUGUUGGGUCCAGUCAUCUUCUUUACGUUUCAGAUGGUUAUGGUCAUGAUUUUAAUGAAUGUGUUCUUGACAAUACUUAUGGACUCAUUUGCGGAGGUGCAAGCAGACGAACACUUGAAAUCUAAAGACUAUGAAGUCGUAGAAUACAUGCUUCGGCAGUUUAAACACUUUUUCGUUAAAACCGGCAAGGUUGGGAGUGUGUCUGAAAAUGAUGCCUCAUCUGGAAGCGAGGUUAAUUUAACGAGAGCUGCUAAUCGCGCACAGUCAGACGGCGAGAGCAAUGCAUGCGACUCAACAGAAGGAAACUCAGUGUCAGAGGCAAAAGAAGAAAAAGAACAAACUGCCGUAAAACAUGAUCAUGGAUCAUUUUCGUCCCUUAGGACCCUUCUCGACGUCACACACUUUAGACACGAUGCAUACCAAGACGAGGAAGACGUCUCAUCCACUUGGCCCUCACUUUCGCUCCCAAAAUUCCAUACACAUAAUGUGGAUAAUAAAGAGUCAUUACCAUACCCGGGUGAACCAGUGGGAGAUGAAACUGAAGGACAAACCAUUGAUAUUCCUGCAGAAUCCGAUCACGACUCCUCCUGGAAGCCCUUUAUAACGAGCGUUUCACCACUACUAAUAACACCUUCGCUAUCACUCUCAGUCAUGCGUGAUUGCCUUACAAGCGUUUCAUCCGCAACAAGUUGA